AUGGAUCCACUAUCAGCCAUCGGUCUGGCUGCCAACGUGUUGGCUUUUGUCGACUUUGCCAGUAAACUUGUUGCCGGUGCGCACGAACUGCAACAUUCAGCAAAUGGUAUAACGACAGAAAACUUACAUAUCAAGAACGUGAUCGCGGAUCUGUGUGAUACUACGAACGCCUUACCAUCCACCGGCAAGGCUUCAUCCCAGCACGAGAGAGCAUUACAGAAGCUCGCAAGCGACUGCAUUGGCCUGUCCGACAAGCUGACUGCAAUCCUGAAUGAGAUGGAAGUGGCUGGCAAGAAGUCAUUGUUUCGAAGCAUCAGGGCUGCGAUGGAGUCGAUGAGGAAGCGAGAAGACGUUCUAGCGAUUGAGUCGAGACUAAGCGAGUAUCGUUCUCAGAUUGUCAUGAGACUCGUAAUGAUGCUGGGGAGCUUGUCUACGAGAGUGAAUGCCAAUACCUUGCCCGCACGAAUCUCCAAAAUUAGUACCUCACUGGAAGAUCUUCGAGGCAUGCUGCUAAAGCUACAGUCUUCCAUCGUGGACAUCACGGCUGAGAAGUCCACUCUCAACAACCUCAAAUUCAACUCUAUGUUCGACCGAGAAGAUGACAUUCGAGAUCCUGGAGCGCACACGUUCGAGUGGAUGCUUGGCGGGGUCAACACGGACGAUCCCACCGUCACGGAUACUGGAUCGAGCUACGCAAACGUUGGGCAAGAUGAGUUUGAUGCCGAGCAUAUGUAUGAACAGAAAGUUCGAACGCUUCUUGCUGACGAACAUUCGAAGCGGGAGGCAGCAAGAAGCGCCUUUCAAUCAUGGCUCCGAGAGCGAGGGAGUGUUUUCCAUAUAUCUGGCAAAGCCGGAUCCGGAAAGUCAACACUGAUGAAGUAUCUCUGCAACCACACUCACGCUCAAAAUCUUCUUCGGGGGUGGGCUAAGGACAAGAAACUCAUCCUUGGGAAAUUCUACUUUUGGAACUCGAGGACCAAGAUCCAGGCGUCCAAAGAAGGACUUUUUCGAGCUCUUCUGUUCGAAGUUUUGAAACAGGCACCUGAGCUUAUACCUGAGCUCUUCCCGGAAGCUUGGGCACAUUUUCGAGGUGCGCGAGGGGACUCAUCAGCUGAGACAACAAUGUUUCGACCAGCGAAGAUCCGAGCUGCAUUCGAGACAUUCUUGUCUAGGCAGGGCCAGUACCCAAACCAUCGGUUCUGUUUCUUCCUCGAUGGUCUGGACGAGUAUUCUGACCAUCACGCCGACCGCCUCGAACAGCGUGGACUCGCUCUAUCGAUCAAAAGGUGGGCCUGCCGUAAGGAUGUAAAGCUAUGCGUCAGCUCCCGGCCUCACGUCGAGAUCCUGGACUCGUUCUCGGCUUCUUCUGACUCGAGAAUACAUCUCCACGAGCUGACAAGAAGCGACAUCUACCUAUAUGCUGCGACCACGCUUCGUCAGGAUUUGAGCUUUGACUGGAUGGAGGGGAUUUACUGGCACUUGGUUCUGGGCAUUAUUCGCCAAGCGGAAGGAGUGCUCUUGUGGGCUUGCAUGAUCAUUCGCCUGCUUUUGAUCUCCGCAGCACGCCGAGACAGCCCUGAGGAUAUGUGGAGACUGCUCUCCAGCACGCCAUCUGACCUCAAUCGGCUGUACGAUCGGCUUUUCGAUACACUUCCAACGCGAGAUCGGAUUCGCGUAGAUCAGAUGUUGCUCAUCACUGCACAAAAUCCCGAAUGGGAUCCGCCGAAUGCGUUGGUAUACACCUGGCUCGAAGACCUGGAGAGAGAUCCUGAGUUCCCCUGCAAUUGCAAAUUCGAGCAGUUUUCCGAAACAGAGGUCGCAGAGCGGCUUCACAGGCUUAGGCUCCAACUUGAUAGCUAUACGCACGGAAUGCUUGAAAUAGUAGAGCGUGCGCCUUACGACCUCUAUCAUCGCUCGUCAAGUCCCGGACCCACAGACCGCUUCUUCUUGCAACGAGUUCAAUUCAUCCAUCGCACUUUGAAGGACUUCGUCUUGACCAAAGCAGACCGCGAUGAGCUUCCUGGGGGCUCCUUAAUACAGCAAUCUCCCGAUGUAUUUGUACGGCUGCGACUCGCAGAGGCUGUAUUCCUCUUGGACAAUCGACCCGGCGUAUGGAGCGAGGCCCAAUCAUUCUCACCACAAGAUUACUUUUCGCCUUUACAAUUGUAUCAGAGUCGGCACUUUUCAACUGAAUUCCUUUGGCAUUACGAGAGGAUUGUCGCUCAGCACAUGGCUCUCCGGGACAUCCGAGUGUGGUGGGACGGUUUCGGCUACCAUACUCUUGCUUCCGAGACUCUGCCGUCCCUGUCUGUGGCACAUUUCGCUGCAUAUAUUGGGCAAACGGCCUACGUUUUUCAGAACAUCAACGAUAACGUUGGGCUACUCGAUUCCCAGGGCGAUCUGAAUCUUCUACUCUCUGCUAUCGUCGGCAAACUUGACGCGAAGAAGGUCCAUCUGGUACUUAGGCUUCUUCUCGCAGGCGCGUCAAUACACAGCUCUCUUAUGGUUCUCGUCGAUCCUAGAGACAUGGAGGACGUGGAAUCUGUGGGAGACGAGGAAGGUAUAAGAGACAUGCAUUCAAUGGCCGUGACCCCUUGUGAGGUCCUCGCCGAUGCACUUGGAGACAUAUGGUGGAACCACUGGCGACGUAGGAAGUACACGAACCCUUACCAGUGGAAAGAACGACCUCAGGUAGUCUUCCUUUGCCAAAUCCUGGAGCACUUCCUUCUGCGAGGUAUGAGAGGCGAAAAUUGUUCUUUCCGAUGUCAGCGAGACAAAGAAUAUGUCGAAAGUGUCAGUUUGGAACAAGUGGUUGUGCUCUGUGCCCCCCCGAACCUGGCAACACUUUUACCGUAUUUUCGGAGGCCGCCACCGUCUUCAUUCGGCUACUUCAAGAGAGGUGUGGAUUGGGUCUUGGGGCUUAGCCGCUGGCGCCAGCAAGACACAGGGGCAACUGUGGCGCACGAGGCAGAGCUUUUAGGUGCAUGUGGGACAGAUGCUUUACCUACAUGUAUACAGCGCGAAUAUCACCCCGUUGAAGGUAAACCCUGGCACACUCCUUGGAUCAAGGAGAUGCACGUGGGAACGAGGAAGAUUCCGAUGCGGUUCGAUGUUCGGAUCUGUUGA